UAGUUACAGAAUACUUUUCAGCUGUCCAAGUUAUCAGCUACCAUCAUGUUUACCGUUCAGGUUAUCGCGACCUUGUGACCUCUACCAUGCGUGCUCUAACCAGAGGGAGCCAGUGAGACCGCAGCCUCCCUAACCCAAUCCAAAAAGCCCUAAGUCUAGUAUAAGUGAAGGUUUUUAAUGCGCUUUGUUUACAGAAUGGCGACGCACGUCCGAGCAUGCGCUAUGGACCGCCGCCCGGGCUUUCACUCAGUGAAUGGAAGACCGCCUAGCAGUGAGAACGUGGGGUGAACAACAGUGUCAGUGAAAUGAGCAUCGCGUGAUUCCAGGAUGUCUGUGGCCGCGGCCGCUGUGGGGCCCGGCCACUUGCGACCAUGUGCGGCGAAAUAGGCGUGCCCGCACACGGCCGGCGCUCUGGUCGGGGCGCAGCGCGGCCCCCGGGCGCGUUGAGUUGACAGCAUGCUAAUCGACAACACCACUGCCAACCUCACCGACCUGGCCAACGUCCCCGCCAGCCCGUACUCUCUUGUCCAGAAGAUCAUCAUCGCCAUCAUCGCCAGCAUCCUCUCUGUCCUGACCGUCGCCGGCAACUCCAUGGUUAUGAUCAGCUUCAAAAUCGACAAGCAAUUACAAACGAUUAGCAACUAUUUCUUGUUCUCGCUUGCCGUUGCCGACUUCGCUGUCGGUCUGAUCUCCAUGCCUUUGUUCGCGAUGUUCACUAUCUACGGAUACUGGCCGCUCGGGCCGCAUAUAUGCGACACGUGGCUGGCUUUAGAUUAUCUAGCAUCGAACGCGUCAGUGUUAAACUUGCUCAUCAUAAGCUUCGACAGAUAUUUUAGUGUGACGCGACCGCUAACUUAUAGAGCUAAGAGGACUACACGGAGAGCUACGGUCAUGAUAGGCAGUGCGUGGGGUUUUAGUUUAGUGUUGUGGCCUCCCUGGAUUUACGCGUGGCCGUAUAUAGACGGUGAACGCAAGGUGCCCCCAAACGAGUGUUACAUUCAGUUUAUAGAGACGAACCAGUUUAUCACGUUCGGGACGGCUAUAGCCGCCUUCUACGUGCCAGUGACUGUGAUGUGCAUAUUGUACUAUCGGAUAUGGCGCGAGACGAAGAAACGGCAAAAGGAUCUGCCGAAUCUACAGGGUGGGAAGAAACACGACUCGUCUAAGAGGUCUAACUCUAGCGACGAGACGAAGGAGGUGGACGGGCGGGCGCGGUCCGAGUCCGGGGACGCGGACUCCGUGUACCACGUGCGGGGCGCGCUGCACGACUCCAGGUGGAAGGAGCAGCAGAACGCCCGGUUAGCGCGGUCGCAGAAGCGGGGCUUCGCUGCGGUCCGCGCGUGGUGCGUGGCGUGGUGGCACUCCGGCAGGGAGGAUCUGGAGGACACGGAGCCCGAAGAGGAGCCCUCGGACCCGGGCUACGCCACGCCCGUGUCCGUAGAGACCCCGCUGCAGAGUACCGUGUCGAGAUGCACAUCGCUAAACGUUAUCAGGGACCCUUACGCCGGCCGCGGGGGCUCUGGUGGCUCGGGCGGUGACGGUGGCACUUCACCCCUCCGCCGCACAUAUGACGCCCCCUCCGCCCCUAUCCCUGCGGCCCGCGAUAGCCGGUCCCUUCCCCCCAACACCAGAAUCAACACUACUACCUCACCUGCGCCAAAAUCAGUUUCAGCCGACUCGGUAUACACUAUCCUUAUCAGGCUACCAGAAGGAGAUUCGGAACAAAAUAGACCUACAAUAAAAAUGAUCUCAGAAGAAUCACCUCCUACAAACAACACCAGACCACACUUCCGACCAACGAGAGGAGAUUCGGAAUUAAAUCUACAUCCAGCUGGACACCCCGCGUUGACCAGAAGAACCUCACAUAUACAAGACGUUAGGAUUCCUCUUAACGCCAAAAUAAUACCGAAACAACUUGCUGGCAAAGGAAUAACAAAAGCACCAAAGUCGAAAAAGAAAACACAAGAGAAGAAACAGGAGACGAAAGCUGCUAAAACACUAUCCGCUAUUCUUCUAUCAUUUAUUAUCACUUGGACGCCUUAUAAUAUCCUUGUGUUACUAAAGCCUCUUACCGCGUGCACCGGCUGCAUUCCUGAUGAAUUAUGGUCGUUCUUCUAUGCCCUAUGUUAUAUCAACUCUACGAUAAACCCAGUGUGUUACGCAUUGUGUAAUGCUACUUUUAGAAGAACAUACGUCAGGAUAUUGACUUGCAAAUGGCAUAACAGAAAUAGGGAAGCGAUGACUAGAGGUGUUUACAAUUAAGAUUGGAUUCAAAUUUAUUUUACUAUAAGAUUAGGAUGGUACCAAUUUAAUGAUUGCCCAAUUUUGGUACCUGAAUAAAUGAUCUUUGUGGCAGAAGUUGUUUUAAAAGCCAUUUAUUGUGAGUAGUUUCAUUUUCAUUAGUGAGUUUACCGUCCCGUCCAAAGAAUAGUUGUAUGAUUUGUAGAUUUCGUAAAUUUUUGUGAUAAUUUCUUGAAUUAGUUGAUAAUUACUGAUUUAAUUUUCGCAUCUUCUCCUGUUGUAAGCAGAAGAUCUAAUAGCCAAAGAUAAGGAAUUAUGAUUUCGUAAAUAAGGGUCGAGUAUUUUAAAGAGGAAAAAAAAAAGAAAUUGACGUUAGUGUGGUUUGUAAAAUCUCUAGUCAUUUCUCUACGGUGUUCUACAUGCAAGGUGUGAGCUUUUAGGAUUAAAUGGACGAAUUUAGGCAAGAAUAAUUUAAUAAUUUAUAAUUGAUGGACUGUCAUUGCCAAAUUCCAUGUGAUUUAUAAGUAUCUCAUUAAACAUUUUAUUGACUAUUUUAAGCCUGUGACAUUUUCAUUUGUUCCAUAACUUGUGUUUUUUAAAUAAUAUAUAAUUUUGGUGUCGAAGCCUAUUACCAAGUCUUUGGUAUGGUAUUUGUCGUGACUUAGUUCUAAAUUGAGUGCAUAAACGAAUAGUUUAUAGAACAGAGAGAGUUAUGCCUUGUUUUUCAAACUUGAUGUGUUUUAUCUUAAUGUUAAUUAUAAUGAUUCUAAGCAAUAUUUACUUGAUAAUCUGUGGUACUGAUUGUUCAUUGCGGUAGAUAUUAAGAAAGUUACCUUGGAAUAAAUUGACUAGUACAUAUAAAUGCAAUAAAAACUACGAGUAUACAAAAAAUAAUCUACUGUAAAUAGUCUGAACCCAAAGUGAUGCGCCUACUUACCAGAAGUCCAAUGGAAAAGGAAAUUAAAGGAACCGGUUAAAUUAAGGUUAUAUCUGAAUAACAACAUUAUGUGUCUGAUAUGAGAAAUCGAUACGCAGUGACCUGCAGUUUCCAAGGAAUCUUUCUCAAUGUACGAGUUCAAUUUAUUUCUGUGUUCCUGUGUUACUUCGUAAUUUAUAAGAAUCAAAAUUCUCUGUCAGUUCGAAAACAUAUAUAUUUGCAAAGUCUAUCAAAAUACAAGCAUACAACGAUAUGAACAAUUUAGACGAUUACCUACUAAAACUAAUGUCUCUCUUUUUAGAUUCGAAGUCUGUGACUAGUCUACUGAAAUAUAUUGUAAAAUGUAAUGUAAAAUCUUACACGUCACAAAAAAGCGGGAUAUUAAAAUUCUAAAUAUAUGUACUUUAAAUAUUUAAAAAGAUUAAUAUUGUAAAAAGCGACAUUUAAUUCUAUAAAUAGUAUAUACUGUAUUUGUAUCGGCAUUAUAUUAAUAGACAUAGUGAAUAUAAUGACUAUGAUAUAUACAAGCGAGUGUAAGUAUUUACCUAUAUGAAUUAUGUAAUAUAAAGUCGAAUCUAUGAGUGUCGUACAACGUUCCUCUGUUGUGAAUGGGGUUUUAUUAACCUAUUUAUUAUUAUAUAAUAUAUAUAUAUGUGUAGAAAUAGAGUAUUAUAUCAUAAUUAAGAUAGGGUUUUAACUUAUCAUAAUUUUGUACAAAUAGCAAGAAUUACGCAUUUUACCAUUUUGAUU